AAACAUGCCUGGGGCUAGGGCUGGGCCCGGCGCACUUGUAUUUUUCAUUUUCUUGUAUUUGUUGUAAGACAGUUUCUCUCGGGUGAUUAUGGGCGAGGUGGCAGAUUGAUUUGGUCUUUGUUGGGCUCUUUUUGAUAGUUCAUUUUAAAACGUACUCUGCAGAAUUAUGGCGUAAAAGACAUGUAAAACUUUCUGAAACUUGAAAGUUGCAAUGGAAUACCUUACAACAAAAGAAUGGAAGACUCAGAUGACAGUGCAGUGAAACAUGCCGCGGGGCUCCCGCUCCGCCGCCGAUCGGACUCCCGAAAAACGACCCGAGGCCGUCAAAGUAGUGGUCCGCUGUCGGCCGCUCAACAAAACCGAGAUCGCCAAUGGAUACGACAAGAUUGUUGAUAUCGACACCAAACGCGGCCAGAUUCGACUCCGAAACCCCAAGGCUGAAAAUGACCCGCCCCGAGAGUUCACCUUUGACGCCGUCUAUGACGAAAAGUCGCGGCAGGCAGAACUGUAUGAUGAAACGUUUCGCUCCUUGGUCGACUCGGUCCUGGCUGGUUUCAAUGGCACUAUCUUCGCCUAUGGCCAGACAGGGACAGGCAAAACGUACACCAUGGAAGGUAUACGGGAUGACCCGGAACAGCGCGGGGUCAUCCCCAGCUCCUUUGAACACAUCUUCAGUCACAUCGACCGGUCGGAGAACUGCCAGUACCUGGUGCGAGCUUCCUACCUGGAGAUCUACCAGGAAGAAAUACGAGAUCUGCUUUCCAAGGACCAAAACCGGCGACUGGAGCUGAAGGAGCGACCCGACACCGGCACCUACGUCAAGGACCUCUGCUCGUUUGUCUGCAAAAGCGUCCGUGAGAUUGAGCAUGUCAUGGGGAUUGGCAACAAGAACAGAAGCGUCGGCGCGACCAACAUGAACGAGCACAGCUCCCGCUCCCACGCCAUAUUCCUGGUGACGGUCGAGUGUUCUGAGCGCGACGCCGACGGAGAGACUCACAUCCGAGUGGGGAAGCUGAACAUGGUGGAUCUGGCCGGCAGCGAGCGUCAGGCCAAGACCGGUGCCACGGGAGAGCGACUGAAGGAGGCCACCAAGAUCAACCUGUCGCUGUCGGCGCUGGGUAACGUCAUCUCGGCCCUGGUGGACGGCAAGUCGUCCCACAUCCCCUACCGGGACUCCAAGCUGACCAGGCUCCUGCAGGACUCACUGGGUGGUAACGCGCGGACGAUCAUGGUGGCCAACAUGGGCCCGGCCGCUUACAACUACGACGAGAGCGUCACCACGCUGCGCUACGCCAACCGCGCCAAGAACAUCAAGAACAAGCCCAAGAUCAACGAGGACCCCAAGGACGCGCUGCUCAGGGAGUUUCAGGAGGAGAUCGGCAAACUCAAGGCCCAGUUACAGGCGCGCUCCUCCGGGACAGGCGCCCGUAAGAAGCACCGCUCGGGCUCGGCGGCACCGGCCACCCCCGGGCCGGAGACCGGCUCAGAACAGGCGGUCUCACCGGAGGAGUACCUCCGCGAACAGCUCGAGCGGGAGAGAGCGGCCAUCGUCGGUGACCAGUCCAUCAUCGCUGAGGACAAGGAGCGCCUGCUGCGGGAGAUGCGGGAGAAGGAGCAGCAGCUGGAGCAGGAGCGGCUGGCGCGCGAGCAGCUCGCCUCGCGCAUCCAGGACAUGGAGUCCAAACUGCUGUCCGGUGGUAAGAACAUCGCCGACCGCACCAACAAGCAGCAGCGGCAGCUGGAGCUCAGCCGGCAGAAAAUCAUCGAACAAAAGGCCAAGGAACGUGAGAUGCUACAGCAGAUCGAGGAGCAGGAGGGCACCCGACUGGACCUGCAGCAGACCUACCAGUCGCUCCAGCAGGAGGUGGACGUCAAGACCAAGAAGCUGAAGAAGCUCUUUAACAAGCUGCAGGCGGUGAAGCGAGACAUUUCGGACGCCACCGAGGAGUUUCACCGGGAGCGACGAGAGCUGGAGGAGACCGGUGACGCCUUGCGAAAAGAGCUGAAGCUGAAGACUGUCAUCAUCGACAACUUCGUGCCGCCGGCGCAGCUGAAGGCGCUGCUGGCGCGCGUCCGGUUCGCUGAGGACGGUGAGGAGGGCGGCGACGGCUGGCUGCUGGCGGCUCCGGCCGUCCAGCUGCUCGACGGACGCCCUGUCAGCGCCACCGGCGGACGGAGACCGGUGUCGGAGUACGCCCGGCGGGCUGGCGCGGCCGGCGGAGGCACCAGGUUCAAGGGCGAGAACAUCAUGUGUCUGGAGUUAGACUCGGCGGCUCGCACCACUCGCGACUACCGCGGACCCUCUGUGGCGCCGCGUAUGGCGGCCGCUCUCCAGAAGGCGCUCACCCCCACAGAGAGUGUUAUUAGCGUGGACGCCUCGGCGCCGCUGCGACCCGACGGCUUCCUGCUCCGGGCGUCCCGGAAACCGGCGGCCACGUCUCACUCGUCUCGGAAGCGGCCCCCCGGCCGGUCGCCGGACUCGGCACAUCUCUACCCUCAGUCGCGCGGACUGGUGCCCAAGUAG